AUGCCAGACUCCACCCCGGCAUCGGGCGACCACUCUCGCGCGACGCCCGAGGUCCAGAAAUACCGGCCACGGGCAUUUGGCUUGGUCCAUAUGGAUAUUCCGGAUUCCGAUGCGGGUCAUCCGGAUGUCAACUUCCGCGGAAGCUUCACACUCAAACCAACCAUCUCUACCCCUGGAUAUGAGUGUUCCAAGAUCAAGGCGCCAUGUACUCUGCCGGAGAUAAACCCGCGAAGAAGGCGAGGCCCAUCGACCCGUGUUGGGCAGCUUGAGGAGAAGAUCGAUGGCAUCAUGUCCCUGCUGAACGCCAGCCAGCAAAUCCAACAAAACAGUCCCAGUUCCAGCGGCCACACACCACCGAGCAGUGCCAGUGUACCAGUUCCGAGCCAUGAGCCCGGCCGAAACAGUAUACAGCAACUUCUCAACCCAAACAUCGAGUCCGCCAGCAGUGCUGUCCCCAGCAACAGGCCGGACUUACCGGAACCCGCCUCAUCUCCUCCCUCAACACAAAACUACCACUACAAUGCCCGCCCCCUCCCUCCUCCAGGCAUGGCCCAGCCUGGAUCUAUCGCCACUGGGCCAACGACAGAGGGGAACAGCCCUAAGAUGCCACCGGAUGCAGCUGGACCAGGCUUCAGAGCGCAUCAGAGCAGGCCUUCGCCGCCCGGGAAUGAGUCCGUCGAGAUCAUUCCUGGCUUCCGCAUGACCUUCUACGAGGCAGAACGGGCCUUGAACAUCUACAGAUCCUUAUAUGCCCCCUACUUCCCGUUCAUCACCAUUCCAGUCAUGGCUACCGCCUACGACCUCUACGAAAAGACGCCGUUUCUUUUCCGCACCAUCGUCUCGGUGGCUGCGCCGCAGAGUCCGACCACCCAGGCUGACUACAAGGUCUGGUUCCGGCACUACAUUGCUGAGCAUGUUGUGAUCAACAAUGAGCGACGGCUAGAAAUUCUGCAGGCAUUACUCGUUCACAUGGCAUGGGGCGACUUCCACUUCUUCAUAGACUCCCAGGCAACAAACUUCAUCCAGCUGGCAGUUGCGCUUGUGAUCGACCUAGGCCUCAACAGAUGGCCACUCGAUUUUGGGAAAGCCUCAUUCCUCUUGAUCAAGGACGCCGCUUCGCAAACGGGCAUAAAGAAGUUUUGGAACAAAUCCCAUACUCUGGACGAGAUGCGCGCCGCACUCGGUACUUUCUACGUCACCUCUCUCUCGUAUCUGACCAAAUGCUGCGACGAGAUCGAGCAGGCCCGGGAGUACGACUCGGACAGCUUCCUGGUCACGCUGGUGAAAAUCCAACAACUUUUGGGUCGUGCCGCCGAGAUCAUUCCCUAUGGCGACGACGAGGCGUCACGGCGUGUGAAUUAUGCACCGAUACACAUGGCGCUUACAGUCAUACGGAAGGAGUUGGACGCCCUGGUCCGGCAGCAACCGCCUGAAGUAGAGUGCAACUCUCUGCUAUGGACGCACUACCACGGCACGAUAUGCCGCCUCUACGAGCCGGUCAUCUACAUCCGGUCAACAUCAGCGGCGACAGGCUACGACGCGGGCGACGCGAACGCGCGCACGUCGGCGCUGUGGGCGUGCCUGGGGUCGGCGCGCGACUUCUUCUCGGCCUACAUGGCGAUCCCGCCGCAGAACCUGGUGUGCAUGCCGUUCCAGAGCGCGCACUUCUCCUUCGCCAUCGUGACCGCCAGUCGCCUGCUCUUCCUCGGCGACGAGACCGCCUCGGCCAACAACCCGCGCGACCCGGACUGGGUCGUCUCCGUGGCGCGCGACCACCUCAACUUCGACGGCGUGUGCGCGCGCCUGGCUGAGUUCUUCGACGAGGCGGACCGGCUUGCGACGGGGCUGGGUAGGCGCGGCCGAUACGUCGAUGGAGAGAGGAGCGUACUGGGUAUGUUCAAGGACAAGGUGCGGUGGAUCCGGAGCUGGUAUCUGGGGCGGGCGCGCCCUGGGACGAGCGAAGGGUAUCCGGCAAGUUACCCCCACGACCCGCGGUUUAGGAGAGAAGCUGUGGGCGACGUGGCCAAGGACGGGGUCAGUGGUGGUGGCGGUGUUGGCACGACGGAGGCUGGCGCGAGCAAUGCCACAGCGCAGGCUGGUGCUGGUGGCGGGCAGGCGAUGGAUGUGGACUAUGGCGCACCAAGCCAGCUCCCCAUGCCCGGCGAGCUGGACGAGACCUUCUGGCAGGCCAUGUUCGACAUGAAUGGGAGCGGUGUGGACUGGAUGGAAGUCCAGACAUAA